AAUAUCCAGUUGGACCGCUUGAGGAUCGUGACGUGGUGAUUGGUCACUAACCUGCACAUUGAAAACUACUUACUUAGCGUUAACUACCUUGUAAUUAGGUCGCCGGACGGCUGCUGUAUAUUUUAACGAGUUUUAUUUGAUGUGGAAUAAAAAGUUUGUUGGGUUGUUUUGACGGGAAUCAAACUGUUUGUCUGGACUGCGUGAUCGUAUCUGCUGUGAUUGACCAGAACUGAUUCGGCGGCAGCAUGAAGCUCUACAGCAUCAGUAUCCACCACAAAGGAGCGACCAAAGCCAACCUCCUCAAAUCGGCCUUUGACCUCUCAUCCUUCAGCUUCUUUCAGCGCUCCAGUGUUCAGGAGUUCAUGACCUUCACUAGUGCCUUGAUUGUUGAGCGGACAUCACAAGGAAGCCGUGCCUCUGUCAAAGAACAAGAGUACCUGUGCCAUGUGUAUGUAAGAAAUGACAACCUGAGUGCUGUGGUCAUCGCAGACACUGAAUAUCCACAGAGAGUCUGUUUCACAUUGCUAGACAAGGUAUUAGAAGAGUUCUCCAGACAAGUGGACAGUAUAGACUGGCCCUCUGGUAAUCCUGAUACCAUAAACUACAAAGCCCUGGAUAUUCAUCUUGCUAAAUACCAGAACCCCAGGGAAGCAGAUGCAAUGACCAAAGUGCAGGCGGAGCUGGAUGAGACAAAGAUCAUUUUGCACAACACUAUGGAAAGUUUGUUGGAGAGAGGAGAGAAACUGGAUGAUCUUGUGGCAAAGUCAGAGCACCUGGGAAACCAGUCCAAAGCCUUCUACAAGACUGCACGGAAACAGAACUCAUGCUGUGAAAUCAUGUGAUGCCGCUGCCUCGUCCUCGCGGACACGCCUCUCUCUGCCUUUCUGCUUUUCCUACAACUCCCAUCACGCACCAGCCACCAGCUCUCAACACAGAGGACAGAAAGGAACACUGUCUAAUCCGGGAUGGGGCGCCGGGAUGAGAGCACGGAAGGGUUGAAGGUGGUGACCAGUCUUAAGUGAGACCUGUCCAGAUUGCGACUGAUGGGGGCUGAAGGAGUGAUGGGGUUUGGUCGGGGGAAUAAGUAACAUUCGAAUUAUUUUAACCUUUCAAAGGGUAAAACAUCUGUGUGGUGUUUCAAUACCAGCUGCGGACAUAAUAGUGUGACGUCGUGUAAUCGGUGAUGUGUUGUUGAAACGUCUUCAAACCAUUUAAUGUUAUUCUGAUUGAAUCAAAUCGUGAUAGUUUGAUUUCAACACGUAAAAAUUCUUCAAAGAGUAUUAACCACAGUUGUGCUUCUGCUUCAAGGCAACUCUGACAAUCUCUCAGUCUUAUAUAGUGAUUUCAUUAAAUGCGUCACCGUUGCGGUUCAAUUAUUCAAAACCCAAACUGUCUCUUUCCUGCAGGCAUAACCUCUGCUGCCCACUAGGUGGCCCUGUUUCAUCACUUUUAUUGUUCCAGUGAGCCUCAGUGUUGAGGUCAGGUUAAAAUCUCUAAUGUGAGUGUCUGCUUGGACGUGUGAUAUCAAAAUCUGACCGAAUUUUGCAAUGACUUUAAAACAUCUUUGCUAGACUGGAUUAAGUUACGUGACGUCUUUGAUUUUUCUCUGUCUUAUAGUGUUAAAUGAAACCUUAAACAUUCCCACUUUGGGUGAGUGUGUUAUUGAGUGAUGACGCAUCUUAAAGCUGAUGAGAAGCGGGAGUGUAGAUGUGAAAUGUAGAGAGAUGUUUCUUUAUAGACGCAGCCUUAUUGCAGUGUGGCUAACAUGUAACGCCCCCCGUCCUCUUUAUAAACCAUGUCGUCUCGUGUGAAGGACAGGACCUGUACGCUCUUCUCUUUUACUUUAGGUAUUGUAGCCAUGCUUUUCACUCUGGUAGCCAACACACAUGACACUUAAGCAACUUUUUUUCCCAGACCUAUGCAGUCUCUCAAAGCUGGGAUCACUAACAUUUACCAUCGUUUAUUGUGACUGAGGUGACUCUGGGAGACCUGGCUUCUUAUUGUGCGCUUGUAAAGAAGCUGAUAUAAAGUUUUAAAAGAGGACGGACAUAAACUGACUGAUUUCACAUCUUAUUUUUAAGACACUCCACAGCUGGCGUUUCUUUUCACUGUCAGCACUGUUUGCUUUGUGUUUAGGUUUGAAAGGUUAGAGGUGUCUGUCUUCAGGAUCUGCUGAUGAGAAUAAGAUAAAGAGAUGCCUUUGGUUGUGUGUUUUAGAUGUUUCUCUGCUCGCUCUCUGCUGUGUGUGUGCGUGUGCGUGUGUGUGUGUGUGUAUGAUUUGCUGAUAUACAUCUGCAGGCUACAUUGCUGUUGAGUGCCUGUGUGUGAGGACUGUUGUGUUUGUGUGAUCUGAGUCGCUCUUUCUGCUUUUACAGUGUAAACUUUUUGUGCAAUAUCUCUGCAGACUGUUGGUGUGUGUGUCUCUCCUUUUAUAGCAGAGAGAAUAAAUGGACACAUUUCUCAUAAAGGACAUUAAAUUGACCUUUGUAUAUGCUAUUCUUAUAACUAAUUCAUGUGAAGCGUGCCCAGGGUUAUUUCUGAGAUUUGUUGAAUUUCUUCUUUUCAAAAUUAAUGUGCUAAAUUUGAAAAUCUGUGUGCUCAACGGUCUGCAUUAAACGUUUUGGUCUGCAAAUUUAAGACAAAGACUUCAAAUAAUAAACUGUUCUUUUCUGUCUGUA